CACACACCGCGUCACAGCAGCAGAUUGCAGGCAGAGCGUCAGAGCAGAGAGGAUAUAGACGCACACAACUAAAGCCAGCACUGCCAUUAGACCUUGAAGCAGGAUAUACCAUUGGAUACCAACAGCACUGUCCUGCAUAAAGCUGGGAACACACACUGUGUGUGGAAGAGAGGCUGUGCAUGUGAUCAGAAAGAAUAGCACAGCCCUGGAUUAGUGUGUCGUUAAUGAGAAGCGUUGGGGAAAAUGAGUCUUGACCAUGUUCAGGUCAUGAAGGGGCAAGACCCCAUGCCCAACACCUGUCCGCCAGCCUCAAACGGUGAUAGCAAAGCAUCCUGGGAGGACAGCAAGGAUAUCCAUGAAAAUAUGGCUUCUACAAAGAAGCCCAAAUCAGGACCUGUGAGACGGACCAGGAAGGUGGAGGGAGGCAUAUUUUUUCCCAAACCAGAGAACGCUGUCACCAUUGCAGUGUCAUCGCGGGUUAUGUUCCGCACGGAGAAAGAGCAGAAGGUGUUUGAGGAGCAAGGAAUAGAGGAGUACCUCAGAUAUCAGAUGGAGCACGAGAAUGAGCCUUUUGCUCCUGGUCCAGCAUUCCCGUUUGUUAAGGCACUGGAGGCAGUAAACGACCGAUUGCGGGAGCUCUACCCAGAAAGUGAGGAGCUCUUUGACAUUGUGCUUGUAACUUACAACCAUGCCCACGUAGGCGUCAGACUCAUCAACACCAUCAACCACCACAAUCUCUUCAUUGAGCGGUUCGUCAUGACAGGAGGUAGCAGCCCCAUUGGGUACCUGAAAGCUUGGCAAACAAACUUGUACUUGUCUGCUGAUGCUGAAAAGGUUCAGGAAGCCCUUGCUGAAGGGAUUGCAGCAGCCACCAUGUUUAUGUCAGAAAAACAAAUCGAGGUGUCUGAGACCCAGCUGAAAGUGGCAUUUGAUGGCGACGCUGUUCUCUUCUCUGAUGAGUCUGAGCGUAUUUUUAAAGCCCACGGCCUGGACAAGUUCUUCGAGCAUGAGAGGGAAAAUGAAAACACAUUGUUAGAUCAUGGGCCGCUGAAGGGUUUCCUAGAAUUGCUUGGGAAGCUUCAGAAGAAAUUCUAUGCUAAAGGCUACCGUCUGGACUGUCCCAUCCGCACCUAUCUCGUGACGGCCCGCAGUGCAGCCAGUUCAGGCAUCCGUGCCUUAAAGACUCUCCGUGCCUGGGGAUUAGAGAUAGACGAGGCUCUUUUCCUGGCCGGUGCACCAAAAGGCCCCAUGCUGGAGAAAAUCCGGCCCCACAUCUACUUCGAUGACCAGAUGUUCCACGUGGAAGGUGCCGCAGAAAUGGGUGCCAUCGCUGCCCAUGUGCCCUAUGGGAUUGCACAGAAAUUCCCUCAUAAAAAAAGCAGCAAUGCAGCAAAAUAACAAAGACAGGGAUGAUACAUAGAGGUACAUUAUGUUCUUAUUUUGGACGUGACGUUCAGGUUGUGGACAUUCUUUUUUUAAGUCAUUUGUGCUCUCAAUGGAUCCGGAUUUCAGUAUUCUCUUGGCCUUUUUUCCAUGUGACCUAUGCAAGGCCACACACACACACUACAUAUAUAGACAAAAAGAUUCAACCCAGUGCUGUUCUUUUGGAUUAAUCCUGUACUUGACUCUUGAAAUAUGGAUUAUUAUGCAUUAUGAUAAAGAAAUUGUGCCUCUUGUGAAGCACUACAAUGAACGAUCAUUUUCAUAAGCACUUCUCAGCGACAGUUUGUCGAAAAACAAAUGAUAUUAACUUAAUGUUAAAAUUGAAUGUGUGCUGCUAUUCUUAAAGGGAUACUCCCCCUGAGUUAAACAGUUGGGUUUUACCGUUUUUAAAUGUAUUCAGACGAUUUUCUG